GACGCGCAAAGUAGAAUUCCAGAUGAGACGCCGACGCUUUUUCUCCUUCUUCUUCCAAUCUUUUUAACGCUCUCCCUCUCUCGCCAUUGUCACUCUCAAAGCUUCUUCGUCUCAGAUUUUCAUCCAAGAACAUGGAGAACGAUUCUUCCGCUAUGGAGAUUAAAGGGUUUCCCACCUACGACGGCAAGUACUUGCUCUACAACGUUCUCGGCAACUUCUUCGAGGUCUCCGCCAAGUACGCCCCUUCGAUUCAACCUGUUGGACGCGGUGCUUACGGCAUUGUUUGUUGUACGACCAAUUCUGAGACGAAGGAAGAGGUAGCGAUAAAGAAGAUAGGGAACGCUUUUGAUAACCGGAUUGAUGCCAAGAGGACCCUUCGUGAGAUAGAACUCCUAUGCCAUAUGGACCAUGACAAUAUUAUAAAAAUCAAAGAUAUAAUUCCUCCACCAGAGAAGGAAAAAUUCAAUGAUGUGUAUAUUGUGUAUGAAUUAAUGGACACUGACCUGCACCAGAUCAUUCGCUCUAGUCAGGCUCUGACAGACGAUCACUGUCAGUACUUCUUAUACCAAUUACUGCGAGGUUUGAAGUAUUUACACUCUGCAAAUGUCUUGCACCGAGAUCUAAAACCAAGCAAUCUGCUUCUCAAUGCAAAUUGUGACCUCAAGAUUUGUGAUUUUGGGUUAGCAAGAACAACAUCAGAGACAGAUUUCAUGACAGAAUAUGUUGUGACACGAUGGUAUCGAGCGCCUGAGCUUCUACUCAACACUUCUGAAUACACUGCAGCGAUCGAUAUUUGGGCUGUUGGAUGUAUUCUCAUGGAAAUUCUAAGGAGGGAGCCACUGUUCCCUGGAAAAGACUAUGUGCAGCAAUUGGGGCUUAUAACCGAGUUGCUUGGUUCACCAGAUGAUUCCGAUCUCGGGUUUCUUAGAAGUGAUAAUGCAAGGAAAUACGUUAAGCAACUUCCUCAUUUCCCGAAACAACCACUGAUUGAAAAAUUCCCAGAUCUUCCUCCACUGGCUGUUGAUCUUGCAGAGAGGAUGCUGCUCUUUGAUCCAAGCAAGAGAAUAACUGUCGAGGAGGCGAUGAAUCACCCAUAUAUACUAAGUCUUCAUGAAAUCAAUGAAGAACCAACCUGCCCUUCUCCUUUCAACUUCGAUUUCGAACAGGCAUCCUUGGAUGAAGAAGAAAUAAAAGAGCUUAUAUGGAGGGCAUCUCUCAAGUUCAAUCCAAAUUACAUGUAGUUUCAAACACUUUGCUCCUCUUCAGUUUGUUGGGUCUUGAAUGAAGAGUUAAUUUUGUUUUUCGAAGAUUAAGCGGAGUAUGAUAGUGUGAAUCGAUGUCGUGUUAGCUGUUGGAAAGCUGGGGAACAUCUAGUUCUUGUAUAUAGUCAUGGAAAAGGUUCAUUUAUCAGGACUGGAAGGGUUCUAUAUUCACCAUCUUCUGGAAUCUUGCAUCCAGUGAUGGGGCUGGUGUGACAUAAAAAAGGGCUGCGUCUUCCUCAGCCUUUGGAUUGAGCUUCUAGGAGGAAAAAAGAAAUGGUUUGCUGCUCUUCCUGGUAUUGUUUCUACUGUUUAAUACCAAACACAGUUUUGUUUUUGAUAUUGUGAGUUCAUGUUGAUAAUGGAAUUACUGUUAUCAACGUGCAAAGAUGAUUGUCUCUGUUUGUGUGGAGGCAGGAACUUAAAUAAUAAUAGCUUUAAGAAAUUUCAAUUUCUUGAAUUGUUUUUA